AUGUCAACAGUUCAAUCACCAACAGUUUCUUCAAUUCCUGCACUUCAUGCUUUCGAUUCUCGCACAAGUACUUGGCAAUCUUAUCGAGAUCGAAUUAGUUUUUAUUUUCAAGCAAAUCGUAUUCACACGGAUGAAGAUAAAAAAGCGCUUUUUCUUUGGUCUGUUGGUGACACCACAUAUAAUUUAUUAGAAUCAUUGAUAUCACCACGAUCAUUAAUUGGUGAGGAUACAAUGUUCACCGAUUUAAUCAAGUUGUUAGAUGCUCAUUAUGAUGCAACAAAGAACAUUAUGACGUCCACAUAUGAUUUCUACUCAUGUUAUCAAAAAUCAGG